UUCCGCUUCCCCUCUCGCUAUCAAUCUUCAGAGUUGUUGAUUUUAAUCUCGUAACCAAGUUUGUCACUAUGAAUUCAACAAAGAUGGAUAUAGAUAUAAUCAGUGAUCUACCAGAAGCUCUGAUUUGCCACAUAUUGUCGUUUCUUACCACAAAGGAAGCUGCUUUGACUUCACUUCUCUCCCAAAAGUGGCGCUAUCUCUUUGCUUACAGACCAAAUCUUGAUUUCGAUGACUCCGAGAGGAAUGAGGUUCAUAGGGGUUUUAUGGAUUUCGUGGAUAGAGUAUUGGGUCUUCAGGGUAACUCUACAAUAGAUAGAUUCUCUCUCAAGUGUGAUAGACGUGGGGUAUCGGAUCUUGAUUUACGCGGUGCUUUGGUUUCGAAUCAUUCCAUGCCUUCAAGUGUCUUUGUGAGCAAGUCACUUGUUAGGCUGAGAAUAGAAACUCUAUAUGAUUUCGUCAUUGAUUUGGCACAUGUUUUUCUUCCCAAGCUUAAGACUCUCCAUCUCAUGUAUGUUGUGUUUGAAGAUGUUGACAGUUGCCUCGUCAAGCUUAUCUCAGGCUGUCAUGUCCUUGAGGAGUUAGUUAUGAUUAAUCUACAUUGGGAUGGUUACUGGAGCCGCUCUGUGUCUUCCAAAACUCUGAAGAGGCUAACGGUACGCAGUGUAGCAGGGGAUGCAGGUCCUUAUCGUAUAUCAUUUGAUACUACGCCGAAUCUUGUCUACUUUGAAUACGAUGAUUAUGUUGUGGAAAAGUAUGAAACAAUGAAUUUCGACUCACUUGUUGAAGCUAGAAUCGGUCUUCUAAUGACAAGUCGUCAGAUUGCACAUGCAAGCUAUGGAGAUUUGGUCUUUAAUGCAACAAAUCUAUUUAUGGGGAUAAGCAAUGUUCAGGUCCUUCACUUAUGUUCCGACACUCUAGAGGUACUUACUUUCUGUUGUGAACCAAUACCGGUUUUUAAAAACCUGAUUCAGUUAACUGUUACGACUCACGAAGACUUGGGAUGGGAAUCAUUGCCGGCUCUACUAAAGAACUGUCCGAAACUAGAAACCCUCGUCUUUGAAGGACUCUAUCACAGAAACACAAUUAAAUGUAAGGAUGCUGACGGGUGUCUAUGCAAAUCUUCAGAGGUGGACAUUCGUAGUUGCCUAUCAUCAAGUCCGGUGAAGGUUUUGAAGAUACUCGAUUUUGGCUAUCUUCCUUGUUACAGUGAAGAAAAUGAAACGAGGAAGGUGCAGGUCAUGUAUUUCCUGGAGACAAUGCCGAAUCUUGAACAAAUGAUACUGUACCACCAUUCUCUAAUUGAUGAAGAUUUGAAAAGCCAACUUGAGAGGGUAGUUCCUAGAGGAGCUUCAUCCAAGUGCAGAAUCCAAUUAAUUAAUAAUGGAUAACGACAUCUCACCAACUUAUCUUUACUCUUUGUUUAGCUUUUAGCACAAAAGCAUCUAUGUCCUGUUAUUGGUCCCUCAUAGCUCUUUCAGCUUCUUGACAUGCGUUUUUCCCUUCUUUUUUUUUUCGUGUGUUGUAUACUAUAUAUACUUCGUGUUUUCCGGUUUUCAAGUUGUUUAAUUAACAUUGCUUUU